AGUCCCGGCUCUAGCCGCCGCGAGACCUUCCCGUAGAGCCACUGAACAGAGCGAGUCUGGGAGGAGGAGCAGGAGGGGCUGACCAUUUUACAAGUGCCUGCCUGGGACAAGGCUUCUCCACGGUGCGCCAGGGGCCGAGGCGUUUCACUUUGCUUUCGUUCUGGAGACCAGAGGAGAAAAAUAAUAUAUACGUGUAUAAAAAGGGGGAAAUGCUGGCUAUGAAACGGACCAGGAAUGUGUGUGCAUUUGUCUGGCAGCCAGUUUAGCAGAGGAGGUGAACAGGAGCAGGACGGGUUGAAGCACACAGAGACAGAGAGUGGGAGUAGGUGUGUGUGUGUGUGUCUAAGACGGGAUCUUGCAGACGCUGGGAGAGGAGGAUGGGAACUCCCCUUCCCUUGGUUCCUUUUAAUGACUGGAAAUAGGUAUUGAAUGGAGGAGCUGCAGUCUGCAUUUGCCUUGGAAGAUCGUCAAGAGGAGCUAACAAUUUGGCUACUUUCACCAGAGAAGGGGGUGUCCUUCAUUACGUGGUAGGGGAAAAGAGAGAGAUCAGAAAUCUCAAGGGUGACUUGAAACUGUGGCAAAGCCAAAGGGAGAAAAAAAAAAUCAAUCCCUUAACAAAAUAAGGGGGUUCUAUUAAGCAUCCGUGCGCAAACUUACUUGAAUGCCUUGUAGCCAGUUUAGCAAGGAAGCCCCAGACAGAGGAGUCCUACAUGUGUGAGCACCAUUAUUAAACUGGCAGACCAACCGACAGCCGUCUUCUUUUCUUUACCAACAUCCUCCUGGGACUGAUCUCUCUCCUUCGGUCUAAUAGCUGAUCAUAUCUUGUACAUAUUUUUUCUCCAUCUGCUGGGAUUUUAAAUAAAUAAAUCAGAAUUCCUAUUAGGGUAUCUGAAAUUCAAUGGGACUGAGUAGGAGCAAGUGAAAUUUUCACAGACCGUUUUAAAAAAUAAAAAUAUAAAAAAUGUGGAUUGGAUUUGUUAGGAAGGAAAAUAACAGGUAAGAACUUUCUUUCUUUCCCGUACUUUAACGCCCAAAGCAGAGAAAUCUAAGGCAAAAACAGCCAGGGAACAGAGGCCAAUUUGCCCUUCAGUGUUUCCUCCAUCCUGCACAGAGGCUGCUUUAGGAGAGGCACGGUCCUCCAGGACAGACACAGAAAACCCUUUGAAAAAGCAGCGAGGGCUGGCUGGGGUGGAGGGUGUUUUUUCACCUGCACCAUCCCCAGUGCAGCCGGGUGGAGCUGAUGCAUGAGAGAAGAAUACGAGUCAAUAUUCUAUUUUCUCUUUUUGUUAAGCCAAGGGAUAGGAUUUUAAUUAUUUAUAAAUCAAACCCCUCUGGGUAGACGCUACUGGAGACAUUGGGAUAGUCCUGCCUUGCACAAUAUUGGAGAGCGAUCACGUACAGUAGAAGGAUAAGAGAAGCCUCUACGAGACCCGUUUGCCUUCUGUGAUCCGGCACAGUUAAAAAAAUGAGCAAGAACAUUGCUAUACUACUGAAUUGAUCGCUAGCCCCCUACCCAUCCCCCCUAUCCCCAACAACAACAAAAAAAUCAGCUGGGAUCUGCUCGCACCGGGACCUCCUCUCUCAGUCCAUCUUGGUGGUGGAUGCAUUUUUCAUGAGCACUAGGCGAACAGGUGCAAAGUACGUUUGGAAGAUCCAGGCACGGCCCGUUUUGUAGUGUGUGUGGUAUCUCGUAGGAGAUGGAGAGCAGCGACCGGGACAUGUACCGCCAGUUUCAGGACUGGUGUCUCAGGACUUACGGGGACUCGGGGAAAACCAAGACGGUGACCCGUAAAAAAUACGACCGGAUCGUCCAGCUCUUGAAUGGCUCCGAAUCGAGCUCCACGGAUAAUGCCAAAUUUAAAUUCUGGGUCAAAUCUAAAGGCUUCCAGCUUGGCAAUUCGGACGAGGUCAAUGGUGCUGGUGGAAGAGGGAAGCAAGUGCUGUACGUGCCAGUCAAAACCACGGAUGGAGUAGGUGUAGAUGAGAAGCUGUCUUUAAGGCGGGUAGCUGUGGUUGAAGAUUUCUUUGACAUUAUCUAUUCCAUGCAUGUGGAAACAGGGCCUAAUGGAGAACAAAUCCGAAAGCAUGCUGGACAAAAGAGAACUUACAAAGCAAUUUCAGAGACCUAUGCCUUCCUGCCUAGAGAAGCGGUGACACGAUUUCUAAUGAGCUGCUCAGAGUGCCAGAAAAGAAUGCAUUUAAACCCAGAUGGAGCGGAUCAUAAAGAUAAUGGAAAACCUCCAACUUUGGUGACCAGUAUGAUUGAUUACAAUAUGCCAAUUACUAUGGCCUACAUGAAGCACAUGAAACUGCAGCUAUUAAAUUCACAACAAGAUGAGGAUGAAAGUUCCAUAGAAAGUGAUGAGUUUGAUAUGAGUGACUCCACCAGGAUGUCGGCUGUGAACUCUGAUCUCAGUUCUAAUCUUGAAGAAAGAAUGCAAAGUCCUCAGAAUCUGCAGAGCCAGCAAGAUGAUGAUUCAGCUGCAGAGAGUUUUAAUGGCAAUGAGACCGUGGGACACAGUUCCAAUGCUUCAGGUGGAAUACACUGCAGGGAGAUGGCAGAAACCAACAGUAAUGGCAAAACAGAUCUGGAGCAGGAUGAGCAGCCUCUGAACCUGAGUGACAGUCCCCUCUCUGCUCAGCUGACUUCAGAAUACAGACUAGAUGAUCACAACAAUAAUGGAAAGAACAAAUACAAGAACCUCCUAAUUUCUGAUCUCAAGAUGGAAAGAGAGGCAAGAGAAAAUGGAAGCAAGUCACCUGCACAUAGCUAUUCCAGCUAUGACUCUGGUAAGAACGAGAGCAUAGGCAGAGGUGCUGAAGAUCUGUCUCUGAACCGAGGAGAUGAGGAUGAGGAUGACCAUGAUGAACAUGAAGAUGCUGAGAAGGUUAAUGAAUCUGAUGGGGUAGAAGCUGAACGACUGAAGGCUUUUAAUAUGUUUGUCAGGCUGUUUGUAGAUGAAAACUUGGACCGAAUGGUCCCAAUCUCUAAGCAGCCCAAAGAAAAGAUCCAGGCUAUCAUUGACUCAUGCAGGCGACAAUUCCCUGAGUAUCAAGAGCGUGCCAGAAAACGCAUACGUACUUACCUCAAGUCCUGCAGGCGGAUGAAAAGAAGUGGUUUUGAGAUGUCACGACCUAUUCCCUCACACCUUACUUCAGCAGUAGCAGAGAGUAUCCUGGCUUCAGCCUGUGAGAGUGAAAGUAGAAAUGCUGCAAAAAGAAUGCGGUUGGAUAGACAGCAGGAUGAAGCUGCUCCAGCUGACAAACAAUAUAAACAAGAGCCAGCCCAGGUCACUUACUCAACAUCAGCUGUUUCCAGCACACAGGAGGUGUUGUACAUCAAUGGAAAUGGAACCUACAGUUACCAUAGUUACAGAGGGUUAGGAAGUGGGCUGCUAAAUCUCAGCGAUGCUUCUAGCAGUGAACAAUACACCAUAGUUCAGAAACCAACACUUGAUGUUGACAGUCUGGCUAACUACUGGCCUGAGUCUCAUCUGCUGCUUUUAGGAAAUUGGAGAGAUGAAGUGGGUAAGUUGGUCAACGAGCGGGAGCGCCACGGCCAACAAGCCCCCGCGCCAAAGUCCAGGGAGGCCAAACACAUGGACUUGUUCGGCCGAAAGAUUUACUCUGCUGGAGGGCUUCAGCUCCGCGUGGCGAACCAGCAAGCCCUCUUAUGCCAAUACUCCUACAACACCUGGGAGACGGUCGGCAAAUUCACGGAGCUGAUCCCACAGGACUGCCGUCAGGAGUUCACGGCCCUCCUUGAGGAGGGGAAAAGGGUUGCAAGAACCUCACUGCAAGCCUUGCUGGACUCAGCAGAUUCGGCGGCUAGAACGGUCGCCUCUGGCAUAGCCAUGAGGCGCAUAUCCUGGUUACAG